UUUUUCCCACUUUCCCACGGCUUUCUCCCACGCGCCCACCCCGCGUUAGCGGCAAAAAAAAAAUUAAAACCAAAAUUUCCAUUGAGUAGAGAGCCGCCCGCCUCUCCCACCCAAAAUUUCCUACCUACUAUUCAUAAUCCUCUUAUCGCUAUUAGCCCAGUCAGACCCCCCCCUCCUCCUCCUCCAAUUGUUCUCUUCCGUGAUCGGUCUCGGACUUCGACGCGCGCAACGCAGUAGUAAAUAGCUGAGCAAAUACGCAUCAGCCUCGGCCGGUACAACGGCACGGCGCCUUACGGAGGAAACAAAAAUUGCCUCAGAUAUACUACCUAUACGGCCUGUCACAUCUCGUCACCCUGGAUCCGCUUGAUAUUAUUUGUCAAUUGCAAUUGGGAAGUCCAGAGAGUGCAUGGAUGGUCACACGGUUGUCGGCGCCGUUUCGGCUCCGUCUACAAGCCCUACCAGCCCUGUGAGCAUCCAUCGCCAUGGCUCCAUGAAGCGGAAACGCAGCGAAGGAGGUAUCGGAGUCGAUAGUAGUCCCGGGAGCGCUAUCGGCGACGAAGACCAGUCUCUAGCUGAGCCCGAAAAGAAGAGGCAACCGGGCGUGAAGCGUGCGUGUAACGAGUGUAGGCAGCAGAAACUGAGGUGCGAUGUUGUCCAAGAACCAUUUCAGAGUUGUUCGAGAUGUAAUCGUCUAAAACUCGAGUGCAAGAUCGAGUCCAAUUUCAAACGUAUCGGCAAGAGGUCCAAGCAUGCUGAGAUGGAAAAGGAGAUUGAUCGAUUACGACGUAAGAUAUCACAAGCGAAAGCGCAAGGCUUUGUAAUCGAAGACGAUGAAGACCUCCAGUCCCAAUUGCAAUCCCCCGUCGCAAAUAGUGCGUACUCGCAUACCCGAAAUCCUUCGCUCAUGGGAUCCGAUGAAGCUGUCACCUCCCUUCUAACUCUUAAACGAGGAGGGUCGUAUAGCUUAGCCGCAACCCAUUAUGCUUAUGAGCUUGAGACAGUGCGGCUGACCGAACAGGACGUCCACAAUCUAUUUCAAGAGUUCUUUACAUGUUAUCACCCGUUUCUCCCUUUCUUAAACGAACAUCAGUCACCCGAUCUUUACUAUCAACAACAUGCCUUACUCUUUUGGACUAUUAUUGCCAUUGCUUCUCGACGCUAUCAUGCCAAGCCCAGUAUACUACACGAACUCUCAAGUGGACCUCUGAAUAGGUUACUAUGGGGUACUGUAGGCGACGUACCGAAUAGUUACUUCGUCGUGAAAGCUCUUUGCUUAUUAUGUACUUGGCCACUACCAACGAGCACAACCACGGCGGAUCCAACUCAUAUCUUGUGUGGGGUGAUGAUGAAAGCUGCCACAGGCAUUGGCCUACACCGACCGAAUCAUACUCAAGACUUUUCCCGCGUGUCUGUCGAGUUAAACAAGGAUCAACUUCACGAUCGCGUAACAACGUGGGCAGUUUGCAACAUUGUUGCUCAGACAAUCGGAACAGGUUACGGUCAGCCUGCUAGUACACUCUACGACUGGACGUUAGCAAUCCGUCCUGGCGAAGAGGGCCCAUUUACGCUAUCCCCUGAGCUUGAGGCCAGAUUGAGGAUAGAGAGGUUCUGCGAUAAAGUAUCGAAGGAAAUGUAUAGUAAUGCAAGCGAUCCUAGGGGUGUAGCUGGCGAUGAGCACAGAGCAAUGCUAAUGCGAGUAUACCGCCGAGAUUUCCAAGAAUUACAAACGUCGAUCCUCUCUCAACGUCUAUCACCGAUCGUGGAGAUACACUUAACAGCGGCUAAUGUCCACCUUCGUCUCGCCGGCUUUUUCGACUCAAGUAGCACUCCCGGCUACAUGGAUGACCUAAUGGGCCUAUGGCGAGCUAUCACAAGUUUCCUAGACCUCCUAUUUCUAGAUUCAAACCAGAACAUUUUAUUAUACGCUACGAAUUAUAUACAACAAAUGCUUGUUGCUGCUGGGUUCGCUUUGUUGAAGUUGAUGAGGUCGUUCUUCUCCAAGACGAUAGAAUUCGAGAGAGGCAGGGCACUCUUUCACAAGACUAUCCAAGCAAUCCGUUCGACGAGCGUGUUAGAUAAUGACCUUCAAUGGCGGCUAGCAGAGCUAAUCGUUCAGAUGUGGAACGGUGCGCGAAUUGACAAUAAAAACAACACAUUCCAGGACGACGACAGCUCAGUUCUAAUCGACGAUAGCCUACAACUGAAAGUACGAUGCCGACAUAGUAUGAGCCUUGUAUUCGACUCGAUUUGGCGCUGGAGGGAAGAGUACCAAGCUCAAGGGAGAGGUACGCUUGAUGCUCUUAAGCAUCCAACUAACCCAGACUCAGGUAAUGAGUCUUCAGCGUCUUCCACCCAUAUGGAUAGCACACUCUUGCCUCAUAACAACCUAGCGAAUUUAACGUCGAUGGCGACAAAUAAUGGUGGAAUAACUCCGACAGCGAAUCACGGCUUGAAUGCUGGAGCUAACAGCAUGAUUGGGAUGGGCUAUGGAAGUGAUGCCAAUUAUGACUUCUUUGAUCCUCAACACUGGAUGCUCGAUGGCUUGUUAGAUUUUAACUACACUUUCGCCCAGCCUCUAGAAGGCAUGUAGGAUUGGCUUCCAGAUCCCAAUAACGCCACUGAAUAACCGGAUCUAUCUGAUGCCGAUGGCAUCAUUCAUACAUCUAAAUUUCCCGCUUCAAACGUUGAGUAAAAGCAUAACAUGCUUCUACAUAUAUAAUCUUGAGAAUACGAGGAA